CCGGAGUAUCUGCUAAUUCCAUGUUAGUUUGUUUUGGUUGUGGCUUAGCGAUAGUUGCAAUCAAAAAGGACUCAGUAGCGAUAGAUACAGCUAUAAUAUCUAAAACCAUUUUGGAGCAAUGCAAAAUAACAAUAAAAUUGAUGCUUAGUAUCAUUUAUAACAAACAUUCGAUAAUCGACUAUCGAACGUCAACACUAUGGUUUGAGUUUGUUGACUUUGAUUUGACGGGACGGCGGACGACAAACGACAACGACAAAAUAACGGGUGAACAAAGGCUAGAUUAUAGCGAUUGAAGUGGUUAAUUUUUUAACUUUUGGUUAAACGCUGUAUAUAAUGGUUAUUAUGCCAAUUUUUCACUGAAAUAGUAAAACUUAUAGUUUACUGCGUGUUGAGUGAGUUUUAGUACGUAUUGUGUCCUUUAUGUCCAAAAUGAAGGAUCCUUUUGCAUCGGACGCCGGUAUCGAUUCACCAUCUCAUAGUCUGAAAAAUGUUGAUGGCUGUUAUAAUAAUAGUCUUUUUAAGGCAAAAUCUUUUGCCAAUUCACGACGUGCCUUGCAGUCCGGCGCUGAGAAGAUCUCUAGGACCUUCAGAAGUGUCAGAAAUACAUUUGGAAAUCUUUCACAGCAUUUCAGACUAGGUGGUCGGCGUAGACAUCGGUUAGCAGAGUUGGGGUCCCCGUGCCGCGCUCCAUCCACCCCUGUUACUAAGAAAAAGAUACUAGGAAGGAGUCCUGCGAAGCUCUACAGCCCGUUUGGUAUUGAGACUCCGCACAGCCGUGACUUCAGGAUGUCCCCGUACAUGCCUGACACCCCGGAACAUGGCCUGUCCCCGAAGCGUCGUAAAGGUUCGCAGCCCUGGCAUCUUCUCGCUAAGAAGCGCCCGCGCGCGCUUUUCCACUGACGAGCUGAAUUCGAUGUACUUAUGUUGAGGUGAAUUUUUUCAAACCUUACCAAACUUUAGAAAGCCUUUUUACUUGCAGCUGUUGCAACAUUAUUGGUAGAGAAAACUGUAGACAUCUUUCUUUUCGCCCACACGCAGAAACACUACAGCAAUAUUGUUUGCCCCUCAUCAUGUGUCGGUCUUUAUUUUGUAAUUUCUUAAGCAAGCGAUAAUCAACCCAAUGAUUUAAUUUACGAAAAGGAGUAAAAAUUAGUGUAAGAAUAAAAGCUCAAACGUCAUCUAAUCGUCCACAAACGAACUACGAAUGUAUUUUUAUCUCUUUUUAGCACCGUAAUGAUAAAAAGAGAUAUCAACACGUUCAUUGGCUCAGUGUGGACUGAUAAAAUAAACAAUUUAAAUGACUGCAAGUAAAUAAGAAUUUCUAAGCCAAAGUAAUGUUGCUGAAAUCGUCUCUAUAUGUAACCCACCGCUUAUAUAAGAUGCUUUGAAUUGAUCGGAAAGUGGAACUUGGUGGAAAGAUAUUCACCAUUUCUUACCUUUAAUUAAAAGCGCAAAACACGACUUAUUAAUGAAGAAAUAAAGAAAUGGCGCGAAAUAUGGCGAAGUCAAAGUAAAUAAAUAAUAUACCGUUAUUCAUAAAAAUGAUAAAGCAUACUUUAAUCUAAAGUAUGUCAAUUCCACGUAGCGAUAAAACAUAAUUAAGCCUAAACUAUACUUUAACUUUUUUUAUUAAUUAUUAAUUGCUAAAGCCUUUGCCAAUUGAUAAUUAAUAAAAAAGUCUACUACGUGGAAUUGACAGAAAGAGACAAAACAUACUGUAGAUUAAAGUAAGCUUUAUAAUUUUUAUGAGUAACGGCAUAUCAUUUAUAUACUUUUUGACUUCGCCAUAUUUUUCUCCCAAGUUAGACUACGAUAAUGGUGCUAUAUGUGAGUGACAUUUAUCGCGAAUCGCUUCUGCCGCGGCGGCUCGACUGUUUAUUGAGGCUGAUGUAGGAUAUCAGACUGCGCAUUUUCAAAAUGUAUUUUUAUGUAUGAAUAACUAUUUAUUUAAACCAAAUUAUUUAUUUGUACCAAAUUUGUCCCUCGUUCAACUUGUACCAUGGUUUCAAACACAACGUUUGGUCUACCGCAUGUACAGUCAACAGCACAUCAACCUACCUAAAUUAAUUGCAAACUCGCCGCUAUUAUAUUUAUUUAUUUCAUUCAGGGUAACUUGAUGUGCUGUUGACUGUAACAUUGCUUUUAAACAUACGAUGAAAUAAUUAAAAUUGUUCUCGUAAUAAUAAUAAAUAAAUUCAUUUUAAAUAAUUUAUUUAUUGUUAUUAUGUUAUUUAGUACUUACAAAAAAGCAAGUCUUCGAAAAGAGCUCUUAAUUUUGAUAAUGCGUUUAACAUUCUAAUUGUGCAAAAUAACUUGGGAUUGUAUUUUUGUCACUUGAAUUAUUCGUAGGACCUGUUAUUCAUAAAGAAACUAAAAUAUGUUUUGUCACUUUCUGGCAAUCUCAAAUAUUAUAAAGUCACAAAACAUAUUUUAGCUUAAAACACCGAAAUAGAUUCAUGAAGCUUUGGCAAUAAAAUUCGAUUAACGCUACUUUAAAAAAUGCAUAGUCUAAUAUUCAAUGAAAGUAGAUAGGUUAUUAUACACCAUUGUAUUGAAGGAAUCUCGUAUUUAUAUGAAUUAUGAAUAACAAAACGGUUUAAAAAGUUUGGCAUUUGUUCCAAUAGAGACGUGAGAUGUAAAUAUGGGCCAAUAGGAUUAACUUUCACAUUUUGUCCUGGUUUGAAUUUAAUUUAGCAGGCAAAUUUCCAUUUAUGAUCACUGUCAUAUAAUAUGUCUGCGUUUGUAUUGUGCUCGUUCCUGUGUCCAUUGGGCCCGCGAUACAAGCUUGUGCUUAACUAGUGUGGGCCGUAAAGUGUUGAAGGCAAUGGCAAAACCACAAAAAAGUUUUACGGUAUUAUAUUUCACGUAUUACAAUGACAAAAACUUAGAAGGAAUUUUUUUUAAAUAGAGUCGGUAUAUGUAUUAAAAUCCUAUUAGUAGACAAUUUCAUUGCACAUCUCUAGUGGAACAACAGCGUCUAAAAAUAUGGCUAUUUUUUUUAGUACUAUACGAUUAUUAUUAAGUUUUCAGCUAAACUAGCCUUUAAACUUGUAUUACGCUUAUAAAGUAAAGAAUGAUAUUAUGUAAUAAUUUUAAUAUACUUUUGACAUUAUAGUAUUAAUAAUCAGGUAUUCCAUCUUGCUAAGUGUCGUGUAUUUCUUUUUUUAAUUGGAACGUAACUUUCGCGAGAUGUUCUUCCGCCCAGUACAGUCCACAAGAAUCCGGCGCAAACCCAUCGGCUUGCUCCCGACUUUUUUGGAAAUUACUGGGAGCAAACCCAUCUAUGGUAGUUUUUUGAACAAUAACGGAAAAUCUAACACUGAUAUUUUAUUACAUUAUGGUAAUUUUUUGGAUCGUAUGGGAUUAUAUUUUGAGUAAUGAAAUAUACAAAGCUUUUACGUGUGGGAAGUUUAUAUGUUGCAAGGAUUUUUUACUUACUUUCGUAUUUAAUUUUAAAAAAUCAUGUAGGUAUUAUGAUCAUAUCCAGUAUUAAAACGUCAAAAUGUAUGGAGACCGUUUUGGUAAAGUAGUAUUGUAAUACGCUUCGCUAUGACAAUAUGUAGUCCGCUAAUGCGUAGGUGUAAGAUGCCUGAUGUAUUGAAAUAGUGUAUCUUUUUUUAGGUUUUUAAGAAUUAUUUUAUGUAAACGAGUGGCGAGAUAUCUAUGUCUAGAGCACAUUGCUAGAAAAAGAGAAAAUGACAAAUUAUGUUCUCGAAUGUUUUCUUGAUAGUUCCUGAACAUUUUUUAAAGUAAAAUCGAACGAAAAUUCUCGGUAAUAUCAAAAUGUUCGAAAAAUAUAUAUAUAUAUAUACUAUAGGUACUAUAGUACCUAUUGAAAACUGCAACACUCUGUAAUAAAGGUCUUCUUUAUUUAGCAAAAAAUAAGUGUUAUAUCUGUUGAGAAAAAUCGACAGUAUUCAAAGGUAUCUCGCCGCUUGGGAUGCUACAACAGUAGCGUCAAUAUUUUGUAUAGCUAUUUAUUAUUUGUAGGAAUUCAAUAAAUGCAAGACUGAUUUAUCAGUAAUCAAUAUACAUCAUGUCUUAGAUUUUCUAAUCAUUCUGAAAAUAAAAUUACAAAUAUAUGUAAAAAGGAAAAUUAUCCACUUUCGGGAAUAAACGUUGACAGUUCUUUUAUUAUUUCGUACUAGUUUUGAAAAACUAUUUAAUUUAAAAUUAAUUGUAAUCAGAAUUUCCUCUAAAAGCGCCUACUCACUCUUUUGUAUAUCUGCAUCCCUUUCUAGUUUCAUCGAAAUGUAGCUUAUAGUUAAAGGACUGUACACAUACUUAUUAAUCCCCGACGACAGUUAAGUUUAACGUGUCCGUGUAUGUCUGUCCAUGGCAUCGUAGCGGCCAAGCGGCUGAACCUUUUUCUGAUUUUGAUCUACUUUUUUAUUUGAAAGAUAAUUUAAUAAUAUAAUAAAGCAAUGUUUUGAAGUGUUCACCCGUUUGGGAUGUCAGUUUUCUAUGAAAUGAGAGGAUGCUAGCAACUUCGCAAUCAGGGGUAUCUUAAAUUUUAAUUUUUAUAUGAGGCUCAAUAUUUUAUGGUUUGUUUCUUUUUUUAUGAAUAUCUGUAUUAUACCUAUCUACAAUGUAGUAAACAUUAAAUACAAUAUACUUUUUUUUUUACAAAA